AUGGUGACUGGAUUCCACGUGCUCAAGGUCGAGGGGUACUCCCAAUUCAAGGGCCUCAGCGUCGCCAAGCGCGUUAAGUCCGGCACAUUCACCGUUGGAGGCCACAGCUGGUGCAUCUCGUUCUUCCCCGAUGGUUAUGACGAUAGCAGUGCUGAUUGGAUCUGCAUCGAUCUCUAUCUCAACCAUACUCCGACGAGUGGCAGCGUAAGGGCACGUUACACGAUGAGCUUGCUCAACCAGGUCGGGAAGCCAAUGCCGCCCUACCAAAUCACCAAUGCAAUGAGCACCUUCGUCGCCGGCACUAAAGCUGGAGCGCACGGGUACCCUAAACUCAUCAGUAGGAGAGAGGACACGGAGUCGCUUGUCAUCAAGGAUGACUGUUUCUGGAUCCGAUGCGAUGUCACCGUUCUUCAUGAUGAGAUCAGAAGAGAGGUCAGCGAGUCUCUCAUGGUGCCGCCGCCGGUGCUCCAACGGUACCUCGGCAACCUCCUUGACAGCGAGCUGGGAGGGGACGUGACGUUCGAGGUCGACGGCGGCGAUCUGUUCGCCGCACACCGGUGCGUGCUCGCCGCGCGGUCAUCGGUGUUCAAGGCGGAGCUUUUCGGAUCCAUGGUGGAGUGA